CCACAGAGACCUUAAACCGGAGAACCUACUCCUAGAUAAAAAUUAUAAUCUUAAAAUAGCCGACUUUGGACUGGCCGCCUUCCAGGCCAACACGGACCAAUUAUUAGACCAGAGCUGUGGGACGCCCCACUACGCCUCACCGGAGAAGUAUCAUAUGCCGGUGAUGCGGAACACGACCACGUGA